UUUCGCUUCUUUUUUUGUCUUUUUUCUCUGCCAAGCGAGAGUCUCUUUUUUAGUCUUAAAAACACUUGCAGAACCAGAAAAAAGAGAGAAAGAUAGUGAAAGAGCCGCAGUUUAUCCUCUCCGUCCCCAGCUCUUUUUUUUUUUCAUUCUUUCUUGUCAACACAAUGCCUCAAGCGAGUCCUUUAUUGGACGUACCAAUAGAAGAUUGCGAUUCACCGUCCGGUUCAUCGACUAGCGAGCCUCAUGACGAUUCGAUGCAAAUUCAACAACCAUUCAUUGACCAGUCUUUUUUCUAUAAGCUCGACCAGUUGUCACCGGACAAUCCUCUUUACUUUAUGCAACAACAAGCCCAACAACAACAGCAGAUAAAGAACGAAAGUUCCAGCAGCAGUAAUAGCCCGUACACGAUGGUGGACGAAGAUCAGUCCAUGGCCGAAGCUAACGAUUCGGAAUUGGGCUCGGCAGCCUCACCGCUUCAAGCGAAUAGUAGUACUCGGCAGUCAUCGGUUGAACAGCAGUUAUCGCCGUCAUUGCAACAACAGUUAUUACAACAGCAACAACAGCACCCAUUUGUGCCGCCGUCAGCAUCGACGACCAGGAAUAACCCGAGCAACGGUUUGGUCGAGCCGCUUCAACCGUCGAACUCAUCGUCAGCCCCAGAAACGAACCAGACCUUUUGGUCAGGAGUCAAUAACUUCUUUUCAAAUGUUGCGCAGAAUCCAUUCCCUCAAGCCAUUCCUAAUCUCGCACGCAAUUUCACAGACUACCUAUCUUCCAGCUAUCCCGCUCAAAUGCCCGGCUCAAUGUAAGCCUAUUAUAAGAAUAACAAACAAACAGCAAACAUUGCCCGGUUAUAGGCGCAAAAAAAAAACCAGGAACCCGUAACUCUAAACCGUUCUUU